UAAAUAUUAAAAACACCGCUCUAGUAGCUUAAGCUUUUGGAGAAAAAAUAUUUGUCUCAUUUAAUUUAACAUGAUAUUAAUAGGAGGUCCUGAAUUUAAGUCCUGCCAGACUCCUUACAUAAUUAAUUUUUUUCUAUUUAAUUCAAAUCCACGCCUUGAGCUUAUCAAAAAGUUUUGAGCCUAGAAAUAAGGGGGAGCGUUGAAAAUCAAAUAUUAAAAAUGCUGCUCUCUAGUAGCUUAAGCUUUCAGAGAAAACUAUUGUUUCAUUUAAUUUAACAGUUAGGUCUCAACUACUAAAGGUAUUUUAGUAAGCUUGAAUUCAUUAAUUUACAAGUGAAGUUAAUUUUCUUCACCUAAAGCUUAUAAUGAUUUAUCUUAUUACUUUAAUAUAUAACUAUUAUAUAAACAAAGAAAUAUGUGCUCAACCUUUAAAGAAAAUCAAGUGGGCCCGACAAUUUAGCAAAAGGAGAGAAACAGAGUUUUGUCAAAGGUGUGUUUGUAGCAUAUAUUAUUCUUCUCCAUGUUGUUCGCACUAAUUGUACUUCCAGUAAUACAAUAAUAUUGUCGGCAUAAGUUCGCACUAAUUGUACUUUCAGUAAUACAAUAAUAUUGUAGGUGUAAGCAUUUUACUAUUAAAAUAAAAUGCAAAGGAAUUUUGUUUCAGAUUUUUGGAAUUGCAACUUCCUUUCAUAUUCAUUUCAUAGCUAGGGAUAUACACCUUGGAGGUUGAAGUUUGAAGUACUUUCACAUUUAUUUAUUGCCUCAACUUCAUUUCUCUCUGUGUAUCUCUAGUGCUUUUGCUUCCCUAGAUUUUUAUUGUAAACACUCAACUUAUGUCAGCUUAUUCCAAACAAACCAUGAUUAUUUUAUUAUUAUUUAUUUUCACUUUGGUUGUGACUUGUGAAUUUAUGGAUUAACAAAUGGUAGAUAUGAUAAACCUUUGCCUCUUCUGUUCUGUUUAAGUUUUUGAGGUGGUGUAAUUUUCCUUACAGUUGAUUAUGCUGUCCAUUCUUUUGUACAUGUCAUGCUACAUUUUCCAUCUGUUUUAUUUUACAAAAUUUUAUUGAAAUUUUUCUUUUUGGUAGCUAAAUUUGGUGUUAAGACAGCUUUUUUUAGCGUCUCAAAAAAAAAAAUCCUAGUUUUUAUUUCAUAACAAUUAUGAUUUCUGAUUGACUUGCUGUGCACUUACCUUCCCCUGUAUUCUGUAUUUUGACUGCUCAGACAGAUGGGUUUAGUAUAUUGAUGCAUAUUAAUUACUCAUGGUUGAUUAUAUUAUGGUUUUAUUGUUAUGUUUUCUUCUUAUAAGACAUGCCUGGGAUUCAGCUAACAUACAUAUUGCUCUUCAUCAGCAAAGAAAUAAUUAUUCAAGCACACUAAACUGUUGUCAUUUGCCUUAAAGUCAACGAAUGAACUCCGUAUAUGAUACUAAUUAACAACUAAUGUCAAUGAGAAGUGGCAUAAUAUAUUCAAUAUUUACAGAAGUUGGAACAUCUAAGUUUUCUUCCAUGUGAAGUGAAAAUUUAAAGCCCACCAGCAAUGCAAAUCUGGUCAUAAAAAAGAAAAGAAAAGAAAAAAGAAUAAGUCCUUUCUGAAAGUCCAGGAAAUUUGUGAAAAACCACCACUGCGUCUUAAGAUAUUGAUAAUCUCCAACAUCGGAUACCUAAUCAGGUAACCCACGUGUGGCUUAACAAUUGGCAUACAUAUUAUAAUAAUUAGCAGAACUUGAUGUUUAAUAGCAUAGUUUGUUAGAAUAAUUUGAUACACUAAUUAUUUGCUGAGUUUAUUAGAGGAUUUUGGUUUAUUAAUUAUUUGAAAGAAUUUUUAGUCCUCAGAAGUUGUCCUUUGGGAUAUUAUUUAGGGGUUAACAGCUUUUACAAGCCAGCCGGCGGAUCAGAGCCAAUAAGGAUGGACUUUUGAAAAACCCAGAAUCAAGGGGAAAAAAAAAUGGUAAAAGGAAUAGUCUCAGUUCAAUCCCCUCUCUUGUAUUCUUUUUUGUGGUAGUAGAUUAGAGGUUCAUGUAUUCUCAACAACCAAUGUGGAAUUGCUGAUAAAAAACUCUCUGGCUUAGUUUAUGUUAUAUCAUAUAUACAGCUAAAAGGUAAGAAAAUAUAAGGAAUCUUAUCUUAAGACCUUUACAUCAUGCAGUGAACCGGCGAAGAUAUUGCCGACAUCUUAGUUCAUCUCCUUGGUUAUUUUAUUUGUUCUUGAGUCCUUUCGGAAGAAUGGGAGAAGAAGAGGAGAAGAAGCCUAAUUGAGGCUGUGAGCAGAAGCAAUGGAACUAUGGGUAGGUGAAUAGACCCUCCCUAUGGGGAGACAAGCACCGUGAUCACCGGAUAUGCUACCCAAUUUUUUCUCAGAUCAUUGACUUCUCACUCUUUCUAUCCAAUCCUCUCUUUAAAGUUAUUCUGGGUUCACACUAAUCAUGAAUGAGAUCAUAUUCCAAUCAUUUAGCCAACAUCUAGAUACUCAGAGCCCAAUGAGUUGUAUCGCCAAUUCAAACCUGCCGUGGACUCGAAAUCUUUAAUAGUGAUGAAUAAAGAAUUCACAACUAUUGUUGAGGUGAGUGCAAGUCAAACUUGCUAACUUUUGCAACAUUGUCCAAGGAGAUGCAUAUAAAUAACCAAUGAAGAGCUUGCCUAUUGAAUUAUCAAGCUAAUACUUGACAACAACACUUCUCGAACCAAAGUUACCUCCCUCCAAUCCAAUGUCUUAUGAAAUGGAGCCUACAAAAGUGGUUUCAGAGAUCAAUUGGAGCUCAUACAGUCCGUCAAUGCAAUCUGAGUCUGAAAUAAUGGCCCAACUGCUUGCCCCAUUCCCUUUUCAGUGUGAGCCAGAUAACCCAGAUUUGGGCUUCGGAGCCCCAUCAUUCUUCUGGUCUGGUCAUGCUACCGAGUCAUACUAUUGUUCUGAGAAUUCCAACCCUAAUGUGUACUAUCUGUCUCAAGGAGAAGUUAGUCUUAGUGGUAGUACUAGUAAUAGUAGUUUCAUUCUACCCUCUUCUGUUUAUGAGAGCUGUUAUGUAAAUGGCUCGAAUGUGGCCCUCGGGAUCAAUACUUGCUCGGAACCAAUAGAUUUAAACCCUUUAUAUGGUGAAGAAUUCAUUGACCUCUCUGAACAGACGACUCAACCCAAAAGAAAGUUUCCUAGUGUUGAGGAAGAGAACUUUGUGGAUCAUGGCGAAUUUGACAGCACUGCUGUGAGUACUAAGAAGAAGGCUCGGGAUUCUGAGAAAGUUCAAAGUGCAAAGAAGGGAGAAGUGAAGAGAACUGCCAAUAGCAUUCAAAGCGGAGAUGAUGAGGCUUUGCAUGGGCAAAGCUGCAGUAGCUACGGCUCUGAUAAUGAUUCAAAUGCUUCUCAAGAGAUGAAUGGAGGUGGGAGCACAAGUUCCUGCUCUAAAGGGUCUUCUGUCCUUAACUUGAGCGGCAAAACUAGGGCUAAUCGUGGGUCGGCAACCGACCCUCAAAGCCUCUAUGCAAGGAAAAGAAGGGAAAGAAUCAAUGAGAGGCUGAGAAUAUUACAAAAUCUUGUUCCUAAUGGAACCAAAGUUGAUAUCAGCACAAUGCUCGAAGAAGCUGUCAAUUAUGUCAAGUUCUUGCAACUACAAAUUAAGCUCUUGAGCUCGGAUGAACUAUGGAUGUAUGCUCCUAUAGCUUACAAUGGGAUGAACAUUGGGAUUGAUUUAAAAAUGUCUCCAUCUCAGCAAUGAAGGUGAAAUCUGUGUACUGAAUGGAGAAAAAGGCGGCGGGAGGAGCUCCAUUGUAAAUAAGUCUUCUUACACAUCACCUUAAGGAACAACUGCUUGAAUGUAAUGGGGUUAUCAUCAAUAAGCCACUCUGGGUGGUAAUCCUUAAGAAUACAUGAUUCGGAUCAAAUUCUUUUCCUUUUACUUUUCCCAAAAAAGUUACAGUAGAGAACUGGUUGAUCACCUGUAUAGAUUUGUAUCAGAUGAAGUCCUCAAAUUUACACAUGAAAUGUGUGUAACAAGGAAAGGCAGUUUGUAAUAGGCCUCAUAUAUACUAGAUUACUGUGAUUUCCUUCUCCAGUAAAAUUUAGCAUUUUGACUCACAUGCUUUUGUUUAGCUACUUGUUUCACA